UACUUCUGUUUUUGACCUUCUGGAGUUUAUGCUUCUUCAUAUCGUUUCUAUACCUUCAGUGAUUAAGUCCGAUUAAAUGCUUUAAAAUUCCGUAAUACAAAACGCGCAAUUAUAAUGGCGGACCAGCAAUUAAAAGACAACAAGAUCCGAGUAUUCAAUGUCCGAGUUCGUCAAUAUCUGCGUAAACAUUUCAUACCAUCAAAAGUGGAAUAUUUCACAAAUUGCAAAUAUUGUUUGUCAAGAAUAAGUUAUAGAAGCAUCUAUUCUUUAUUACUCGAGCACUUGACCAUGUACCAUCCGCAAGUAUUAACAGAAGAACAGAAGACAGAACGUAACAUUCAUUGGGCAUGGGAUUAUUUUACUCAAACAUCAUCUGGCGAUGCACAGUGCAAUAUAUGUAGUAAAAUAUUGAAAGGUUGUAGAAUCGAUAAUUUAACGACGCAUCUUGAUUUACACAGGGACAAACAUAAAAUCUUCGAUCCAGACGAAGUUAUUUACGAAGAUACUUAUAUGUUUGGCGCAAGUACUAGUACAAGCGGCAGUAUGAUUGAGGUUGCGGAAUAUCAGGAAACUACAAUAGCUUCUAAUUUGACCGAUGACACGGAUAGAACACGAGUUCCUAACGAACAUAAAAUCUUCGAUCCAGACGAAGUUAUUUACGAAGAUACUUAUAUGUUUGACGCAAGUACCAGUGCAAGCGGCAGUAUGAUUGUGGAGGAUGCGGAAUAUCAGGAAACUUCAAUACCAAUAGCUUCUAAUUUGACCGAUGACACGGAUAGAACAUGUGUUCCUAACGAUUAA